GUGUGUUCUAAACCCUGCGUUGAAACCCACUGUGUCUGUGUGUUGAGGCCGGCCACGGUUUACUAGAGGAGGUAAGGUAACGUAGUGGUCUAUCGGGUGUCUGGAUUUCGUGCUAAAUCUACACGGCUAUAGUUUAAAGUUUUAUUUUUAGUGCACUGCCGAUAAUUAUAUCGUACGCAUGUAUGUUGUCCUUGCGUAAGUAACUUACUUUGUUAUAUUACAUUAAAUUAAGUUUAUUAGCUUAACGUUCGUCGAAUACAAAAUGAGAUACGGCUGUGAUUUAUUUAGUGAUAAUGAGUUUAUUUAAAUGCUCUUACUUUAAAAAAAAAAAACCCAACAAAAACUGGCAACAGAGCUGCAUUCUUCAAAUUUAGGGUUUAAUUCAGGUAUGUCAUUUCAGGUUUGUUGAAAAAAAAAGUAGGGGGGGGGGAGGGGAGCAAAAAACCAAAACUUUGUCGGCUUGUUGAGUUGUUUAUUACUGGAGGCGCCACAGUACAUAACAACUGAAAUUAAAACUGCAAAUUCAAGGGUGCAUAUGCCCCCUCCUACCUGCCCUACCCAAAUGACGUCUCUGGUUAAAAAAAAAAUAAAAAAAUAAAAAGGAGAGUAUUGGUUACUGUUACUACGUGUACAAGUGCAGUGUAGGGUAACUUAACAAAAAACCAGAGGCGGAUCCAGGCGAAGGAAGAGGGUCCUGGGCCAAGAACGGGUGGUUUUGUCAUUUUAUGGAAGGCCUACGUUAACUUACUUAUGGUCAGUAGGCCUAUAGACGUUUAGUCACAAAUAGAAAUUGCACGUUUUUUUCUCUAAGGCCACACUCCCCAACCAGUAAAGUUCACUUUCAAUGUCAUAGUUCACUUGGUCCACAUUCACCAAAACAUUUCACUCUAAAUGACCAAGUUCACAUUCACCAAAGAGUUCACCCUAAAUGACCAAGUUCACAUCACCAAACAGUUCACUCUAAAUGACAUAGUCCACACUGACCAAACAGUUCACUCUCAAUGACGAGGUCAAAAAAGCACUGACCAAUUCAACAUUCACCCUCUAAUAACGCGCUCACCUCCUAAUAACACACUCACCUCCUAAUAACACACUCACCUUCUAAUAACACACUCACCUCCUAAUAACACACUCACUUUCUAAUAACACACUCACCUCCUAAUAACACACUCACCUCCCAAUAGCACACUCACCUCCAAAUAGCACACUCACCUCCAAAUAACACACUCACCUUCUAAUAACACACUCACCUCCUAAUAACACACUCACUUUCUAAUAACACACUCACCUCCUAAUAACACACUCACCUCCCAAUAGCACACUCACCUCCAAAUAGCACACUCACUUACCAGUUCCAAAGUCACCAGUUAAUUUUCAUAUUUGCUUUUGCUUCAGUUAAUUGAUGAGUGACGUAAAAUGAAUAUUUGAGGAUGGAGAAUCCUGAGGCUUUCUUGGGUAUGUAAGCAGUUGUAUGUCAAUUAUAAAUGUUCAUACAAGCGCCUUUAUCUUAAAUAAAUAGGUUUAUAAUGAAUGUUAUGUAAGUCAUGUGUAUAAUGUAGUUAUUUUGCUAAGAUGUUUGUUAUGCCAACUAUAUAAUAUACUGUACAAUUAUUAUUUUAAAUAUUUGUUAACAUCUAUGAAGCUUUCAAAUAAUUAAUUGUUUAAAAUACAUUUUUAAAAAUAUUUUCCACAGAUAUUUUGACUAUACGGUCACUGAAGGAGCGCUAUCAUGGAGGGUCUGAGAGCGAUGACAAUGACUUUUCUAUGGACACCACGUCCAAUCAUGAUGACCUGGAGACUUUCGUAAGAGACUUCCGGAUAGAUGACUCUAUUUCCGACUGUUUUGCUGACUCGGAUUCGCUGGCUUCAGCUGAUAUUGGUGUCAACUGUAAACCCUCCAGCAAGGUAAGCUUGCGCCGUGUAGAAACCGGUCAGCUCUAUGGUCACUGCAGCGUGUGUCUUGAAAACUUAAUUGGACUAUUUAAAUAUGAUAAAAACAUUUUAUUUUAAGUUUUCUGAGAUAUUUAUUUCAUUAGCUUCAAUUUAAUCAUUUUUAGACAUAAUUUACUUGAUCCAUCAUUAACUUUUUUUCUGGUAUGUUACAUCAUUUUCGUAUUUUACCAUUUUUGUUGCACCAAGUUAUCCAUUACAUUAAGCUUCAGCAUUAUAUUCUUGCUUUUGUCAUCUUCUAUAACAAGCCUUUGGGGCCCAUAGAAGUAAUUUACGUGUUACUGGGCUUCAAACCCAACCAGACUAGGAACAUAAUUGUUCACUAUUCUACUUAACCACCCAGUCACCCAUUGUGAAAUUUUAUUUUGUGAGAUCAGUGUCAUCAUAUUUCUUUUAUCUUCCCCUUGAAAAACAGGAAAAACUAAUUUUUUGGGGGUUGGGGCUGAACAUUUGAUAGAAUGUGUUGUCAUCAGCAACGAGUCUAUGUGCCAAGUUUCAGCUUGUUAGGAUGAUGGGAUGUGGCUCAAUAGUCAUUUAAAUAUUUUGCCCUAAACACAAAAGCAAAGUUAAUAUAAAGGAUUUAAAAAUUACUGCUCAGUGGAUUAAAUUUCUGCAUCCAAUUUCCAAACAGCUGAUAGAAUGAAAAUAUAUUGUUUCUUUGCUUAAAAAUUUUUUUUUUUACUCUUUAAGUUAUUAAAAAAGUAAAUAAAAAAAUCUCAUAAAACAAUUAAGCAUAAACAAAGAAGGGCGUAGUUAAUUUUAUUUAAUAACAGAAUAAAUAAAAAAUUGCUUUUUAUUUUCUCAAAUUGACAGAUUCCCAUCACAGUUGUGAGAGUUGCCACAACAGACCUUGAUCUCAACGGUCCAGAGACGCCCUUUCUACCGGAUGUUACACCAGAAUUCUCCCCUACCAGACGUCACAACAUAGUUACCUCCCUUUUCCACAAGAGAAUAAAGCAGAACGAAGCUGGAUCUGGCCAAGACAAUCUGAAGAAUUCCAAUAAGUGUGGGAAUGUGGACAGGCUGAUGGAAGCGAGUGAUCAGCACAGAUUGCAUUGUGAUAAUGAAAAUUUUCAAACUCUAAAAAGGUUAAUUAAGACAAGUGGUAGCACUCUAGAAAGAGAUUCAGAAAUUGAAAACAUUGAUGUAUUCCAUAGUAGAAUUACUGGACAUUCUCAAAAAUCUAAUCAUGAGACUACUUUAAUGCAGAAGGAACCUCAUUUUCCAAAAAUAAGUCCCAAUAAAUCCAACACUAUGUUCAGCAAUCUUGACCCACAUCAGGCUGAGCAGUUGAAACAUGACAAGGAUCUAAAGGCAACCAAAAAGUUUGGACUCAACUGGGUUUGGAGUAACACACUUAAAAAAUGCAAGCGUAAAGUUCCCAGCAUACCUAACACCAAAAAACAAUUGUCAGAAGUUGGAGUUGGUGCUGACAGCAAUGGUCUAGGAUGCAAUGUUAAGGAAAUACAAGAAGAUAAGCAACAAGAUAAACCUUUUCCGUACCAUGACCACCAAGGAUUACCCCUGGACGAACCUGAGACAGAUUUUGACGAAAUCAUCACAAACCACGUCCCAGGAAAAUUACGCGCACAGUUCCAAGCAAAAUCUGAACCUAAUCUUGGGCAACAGGAGGUGAUGAAUAAAACUGUUCAUGUGGACAUGUACAAGAGGCGAAGUGAAGGUUUUGUCUAUGAUCCUGGUGAACAUUUCAAUGAAGACUCUGAUGGAAUAUCAAGGAGACAGUUAGAAAAAGGUUCAGCCAGCAGGAUCAGCUCAAAACUUCCACAAUCAUCUGAUGGAGACUUGAUAACAAAACUGCAUCAACCUCCUUACAUUUUAAAUAUCUCAGAUGUUCCCACGUCAAAUGAUCACACGUCUCAUUUGCCAUGCCGCCUUGACCAAUCAAUUUCAAUCUCCAACCCACCCGUUGGCCCGGCUCUGAAAAUGGACCCAACACUUGAAGACAACAACCCACUGAUGGUACCUAAUUCAUCAGAUGGGCACGGACACACAGACAGAGUUGCAAGCAAAGGUCAAGGUAAGAGAGAGAGUUCGACCAUCUGUGAAACCCAAGACACCAAAGGCUUGAGUCCUGCUGUAGAGAGAUGUUUGUUGGAGAUGAUCAACAGAGAGCUGGUGAAACGAACCAUGGUCACUCAAACACAACUGGUUAGGUUGGUGCAGAUUUUUUGUGAAGCAAUUUCAACUAUUUUUAAACAGUUCUAUAAAAAGUGUUUUACUUAAAUUUAAUUGUUUCUCUAAUUUCAUAGAAAUCUUAAAACCAAAUUUUGUGUGUGUUAUAACUAAGACAGUAACAAAUAACUUGUAAUAAGAUAAUUUUUUAAUUUUAAUUAACUUUAAAAACUAUUCAAUAUUGCCAAUGGCAUUCUUGUUGUAUUUGUUAAACAUUGAUGUUGAGUUAAAAACAAAAUUUAAUGGUAGUGGUGUAGACACUACUUACAAACGUGCUUACAUGGAUUAUUGAAUGUUUGAAAUCCAACUUAACAUUGUUUGUGCAUGAUGACCUUUUUGAAAUAUUUGAAUUCCUAAACAGUUUAAGCCACCUGCUGGCUGAACUUGUCUCAAAAUUUAAUGGAAGUGACAUCAUUGAAACCCUGAGUACUGCAUCGAGCCAGCUGAAGCUGUUGUCACAGUCUCCACAUUUAGACCAGGACAUUAGCAGGUCAGUUUUUAAAAUCACCACAGUUAGACCAGGACAUUAGCAGGUCGGUUGUCACAAUCACUGCAUUUACACCAGGACAUUACUAGGUCAGUUAUCUCAAUCUCCACAAUAAGAUUUGUAUAUUUUCUGUUACAUUUUCAACAAUUGUGUUUAUAAAAAUUACCUUAGUAAUAUGAUAUUUAAAUUUUAUUUUCUCCAACAGUUUUGUAGAACAAACAAAUUUACAACUGCAGAGAACAAGGAUGUUUUUACAAGACUUUAAUUUCUCUGUGAUGAGAAUAAAAGAUCAAACAAGGCAACCCGUUGAGCCAACACAUUGUGGAUACAGGGAGGAGGACUGCAAAGAGAAUCAAUUUCAGAUCAGGUAAAGUGAAUAAAUAUCAAGUGAUUAUCAAUAUUAAUAAGGAAAUAGCAGAACAAGGUAUGUGGAAGCUUGAAAUGGAAAGGCAGGACAAUAAAAGAAGAAAAUGUCACCUGAGAACCUUCCUGAGCAGACAGGAGAAAUGAAGAAAUAACCAGAAGUAGAAAUUUUUUAAAUACUUUCUAUUUCUUAUUUCUUCAUUUGUUCUGUCUGCUGAUACUUAGCCGAAACAUUCUUUUAUAGUCUUGUCUUAAUAUUCCAAGCUUCCACAUACCUUGUUCUUCUAUUUCCUUCUCACAGUUUAUACGCAUUCCUUCAUUUAUUAUCUAAUAUUAAUAAAUAUGUUAACAAAGAAAUACUAUUUUAUAAAUAUUCUUCAAAAUAUGAUUUAUUGUCUGUUCCCUAAAAGUCAUACAAGUAAAAUCUACAAAUUUCACUUCUGCCAAGUUAAACCAUUAUCAGUUGAUUUAUGUAAAGAGAUUAUUAUAUUUUAUAUUUAAUGUAUACAUAAAUUUCAUUAAAAAUGUGAGGACAUUAUCUUCUAUGUUGUACCAGUUUAAAUAACUCAAACAAAAUAAAGUGUCACAAUAAUCUAAUUAAAAGUGGACAAGAACAAAUCAAUAACCUUUUGACUAGAACAAAUCAAUAACAUUUUGACAAGAACAAAUCAAUAACAUUUUGACAAGAACAAAUCAAUAACAUUUUGACAAGAACAAAUCAAUAACAUUUUGACAAGAAAAAAUCAAUAAUAUUUGGACAUUAACAAAUAAAUAGCAUUUCGACAAAAACAAAUCUAUAAUAUUUGGACAUUAACAAAUAAAAAAAUCCACAUCCACAUUUUUUUAUUUGUUCCAGAUCUCUGCUCCUUGAAGCUUAUGACUUGGCCAAACAACGUCCCCAGGAUUUAAAUCAACAACUUCAACUCCUCAUCAGUCACCAUCUCAACUCAAGAGUUCACAAUGACAACAUCUUGUCUGCUAAUGAAUUAAAAACUAACAGGCAUAGCUAUUCAUCAAUGGAGCCAGCCGCCAUGAAAAAUGAGGGGCCUCUCCUCAAUGGUCAUAAUGAGCAGGCGAGCAGUAAAUAUCAAAAUGUCCUUGUGCAAGGGGAUGGCCUAUACACUCCGUCACGAACUAAAGUCGGUCAAACCCUUUCGGACAUUCCAAAUCAAAGAAACAAACCAUCAGUCCUUAAUCCAGAUGACAAAUAUCCAAAUGUGUCAGUGGGAGUGUCUGCACCAGCAUCCUGUGUAGGUCUCACAGCAGAAGCCAGUGACACAACAUCUACUGUAACAUCCGAUGCACAAACAGUUAUCUAUGUUAAAAAUAUUAUUCUUCCAGAACAAAGAUGUGGUAACGGUCUACAGAAGGUCAACACUUUAAAUAAUCAAAAGAAGGUAUUAAGUUCUGAGUUGCUUUCAAGACCAUACUACCAGUUAGUGAGCCAGUGUAAGGAGCAAGAGCCCACAAACCCAGCACAAUUUGAGAGAUUCCAAGAUAAAUUGGAUUUUUCAUCCCACACAUCACAUAGGCCUGACAUUAUCCACAGCUCUGAUACCUUGUCUGGUCACACAGCUGGGACAGGAGAAAACAGCACACUUACAAACAGCAGCCAUCAGAAUUAUACAAAGUUUCUGAACCGUAAUGAGUGGAAUGGAAACGCAUUUCAAAGCAAAGCAGAGAAGUCUGCAGACGUCUCAAGACGUAAGCAUUACGAAUACACCAGAAGGAGCAGACGUAAACGCAGGAGAUCUUUAAGUGAAACAAGAUAUGUAAGGAGAAAACACAAUCUCAGCGUUACAACAGCGUCCACGUCAUCCACAAGAUCCACGAGAUCCACAGAGAAAUCAGAGCAGUCGAGCAAGCGUAGAUAUGGUCAUUCACUCAGGAUUUACUCAUCCUCAAGGUCUGCCUCGGCGAGACUUCAAAAAAAUUAUGUUGAUGAUUGUUGGAGCGAUAAUGAAUCUGAUGAUGAAGAUGAUGAUGACGACGACGGCGACACCAAACGCUUGGUCCGAGUCAAUGUUGAAAAUGAGGAUUUACCAGAUGAAGCUUUGAGGGUUCAAAGGUAUUAUACAAAAAAACCCCUGUGUUAUGAGACUUUUCUCAGGCUGCGAACCAUGUCUAAAAAACUAGCUAUUCUAACUAUAUCUAAAAAAGACCCACAGCUUGUUGGAAUAGAGUUUGAUAAAUUUUAGAAUUUUAUUUUGGAACUUAAAAAAGCAGAUUAUUGGUAAGGGGCAGACAUUAUUUACAUUUUAAGAUAAGUUUCGUCCCAUUUUAUGAAGUUAAUAGAAGACUAAUUGAUUGUAAAGCAUUUAUUUAUAUAUGUCAUGUUCAAUUAUGGCUGUAGAAAAGUCUCUUGAUAAAAAAAAAAAUGUUUGGGAGGCUUUAUUAAAUUCUUGAGUGUGCAGCAAACCUUCAGGUUGUAUAGUUACAUUCAGUCAUAGGGAACACCCUUAUUGAGAUUAUGAGAGCCAUUAACGUGACAGUCAGAUUAUUUGAACAUUUUCUUUUAUAUAUUAACUUUACAAGUUAUCUGUGUGUAAAACUGAACGAUUUUGAAAUGACUUCAUUUUAAAGAUUUAUAGUGCCAGUUGUCUCCCUUGCCCUUACUUGUCUCCCUUACCUGCCAUAAUGUACACAUGCCUGCUGCAAUGUCACCAGGCUACACAGACAUCUCCAGUCUGUGCAGAAGUUACACCAGAGCAAUGAUGACAUCAUUGAGACCAUCAUAACAGGAACUGGUGAGAAGCUCAUACCACAUCCUCAGUCAUGUGACCUUUCACAAACUCCAAAUUUAGGUGUAUCGCAUGGCAGUGUUGGGAUGAGUCUUCCAUUGAGGUAAGUUGAGUGAUGUUCAAUUUUUUAGUUCAGUUUCUUUAAAGCAAUUUCAAAUUUACAUGAAAUAGUGGUAGAAUGUCUCUGCUACAUUUUUUUUAUAAGAUAAUAUUAAAAUCAUCUUGUUAUCUCAGAGUGUACUUACCAAGAUCUUUGUUGUACAUUCUGUGGGGUAGGUAGGGUUAGUGCCAAGAUCUUUGGUGUGCAUUCAGUGGCGUUGUUAGGGUUGGGCCAAGAUCUUUGGUGUACAUUCAGUGGCAUAGUUAUGGUUAGUGCCCAGAUUUGUCCCGCCUCUCCCUUACCAAAAACUAUACAGUUGGGCAAAAAUGCAGACCCUCAAUAUUUAGAAAAGAGUUCAUGAGGGGACUGACCCCCACCCCCCUUUCCUAUGCCAGUGUUAAUGUUUAUGAUUUGAAUCCAGCACUAAUUUUCUUUAUAGGUUAAUACUUUUUUUUUUUUUUUGUGUGUGUUUGUUUUUAAAUUGUAUGUCUAGAAAUAUGUGAAUCAUAACAUAACAUGAAACAAAGAUUUUUAAAAAAAGCAAACUCAAAACACAUUGUCCCCAGGACACAUUGUCCCCAGGACACAUUGUACUGUAGCACAUUGUACCAAUCUCGACAUGAAACUGAACUUUCUCCUUCUAUUUCUGUCGUAUACAGGACCAGCCAAACGGUUAACACAGCUGGCGGGAAUAACCCACCACCACAUGCCACAAGGAAACAGAACGCUGGUCAGAGAUUUCCCAAGAUAAAAAAGCUGCUUGGUCCACAUCUGUUUAACCAUGAGAAAAUGACUUCUCAGGGUGUUCCGAUGAGAGAAAUGACAGAAAGUAAGCAAUGCAGUUGGUUUCCUAGAUCAGUUUCUUCACUUUGAGGUGCACUGACCGUCACUAGGGCUCUUUGAUCAGGAUGGAAUUAAACUAUGUUCCAAUUAAAAAUAAACUUCGUCAAAAUUUCAAAUGUAUUCCAAAUUUCUUGUAGUUUAAAAGCAAAAAAAAAAUUAAUUAAAAUAUUGCUAUUCUUCUUGUUCAAAAUGAAAAAUAAAAUUUUGCAGUUUGCAUGCUUAUUUUUAAUUAUCUGCCUAUGUUCCAUUUAAAAAUAAACUUUAUCAAAGAAUCAAAUGGGUAAUUCUAUUCCAAAUUUCUGUUUAAAAAAUAUUUAAAUAUCACUCUUUUUCAUGUUCAAAAUUAAAAUUAAAAUUUUGCAGUUUGCAUUUUUGUUAUAGAUGUAACCGUUUGAAAAAUUGUCAGGGUCAUAUUGGAGCUACGUCUUUAAGAAUGACCCAUACCCCAAACUAAAAUAUUGUGAACAAAAUUUAUGUUUGAUUUUCUAACAUAACACGUAUUAUAUUGAGUGCAGGUGAAUUUGAGGAAACAUAUGAGAGAAGAAAUGAUGCAACAGUCAGAAGACGUAAACAGAUGGACAUGGGGAUACCUUGGGACCAACUGACUUUCUCUGUGAGUUUACCAAUAUAUAUUUUAGAUUCUUUCUUAACCUAUGGGCUUUUGGCCCACUUAAAAAAAACCCUUCCCUGUUAUUAAUAAACAACAGCUCUAUUUAUUUACAUAUGGUCCACCUUACAGUUUUGAAAUACCCAAUGCCUGGCCCAUGUUGAGAAUGGCUGCUUCAAAUCAUGAAGCAAGAUAUGGAACAGGGUUGGAAUUAAUGAAAAAUUUUUGUUGUGAACAAAUAAAAACAUGAUCAAUUAACUUAACAGUUUAAUAACAGACCCACAUCGGUACUCUCUACCUCUAUAAUUAUUAAUUUUUGUCCUGAUUAACUAUAUCUACCAAUCCGUUUUCUCAUGUGUUUUUCAUAAAAGGCUUGAAUUUUUUAAAUCAAGACAUGUGUAGUACAAUAUUCAUUAUUAUUUUUUUUCCUUCUCGAUUCUCUAAAAACAAAAGGAAAUAAGAAACACUGUGUGGGCCCAUCCAUAAAUGAUGUCUCAUUAUUUUGGACCCCGACUCCCCGUCACACAAUUUAGACACACUUGUAAUAGGUCCUUGCAAAUCCUUGACCCUCCUCCUUCCCUAGAUUAGAUGCGUGAUGUCAUUUAUGGAUAGCCCCCCAAGGUAAAACCUGAAAGAAGACCAAACAAAACAAGUACCUAGCUUAUUAUACUCUUAAAAACAAUGAACCUCAAGAGAAAAAAAAAAAAAGUUUUAUUCAUGGAAUCCCACAUAAAAGAAUAUAUUUUUUGUUUUUACAACAGGAAUCUGAUGAAUCAGAUAGUCAAGAAAAUAAACCAAGGUCAGUUGUUAUUUAAUUUAGUUGUUUAUUACAUUUGACAACAGCAUUAACUGCUAGUUUAUUGUUAACAUAAAUUAGAGAAAAUUUCUGUAAGUUCCUCCUUAGCCUGAACAACUGAAAUUUUUAACUUUGCUUAGUCUCAUAAUGUAUUUUAAUCUUUCAAAGUUUGUUGAAUCUUUGAUUUACUUAUUCUGAAAUAUACCAAGUUAAAAUAUAAGUUGUAUAUUUCUUUGCGCCAGGAGUGAAUAAAAUAUAUAUUCCAGAAUAUUCCCCAGAUUACAUAGCCUUUAUAGAUCCAAAUCUCAACUUAAAUUUAGGCUAAAAAUUAAACAUAAUUACUAACGUGAAGAAAUAUUUAGAAAAUGCUUGCUGUGAACAAAAAAGAAAAUAGAAAUCACUUUUCACUUUCACUGCCUUAUUUAGUUGUUUUCUUAAUCUUUAAGUCAUUUUACUCAAUGUGAAGUUAACAAAUUUGUGCUUUGGAGUUUUUCACCAUGUUUUAAACCCCACUGUGUAAAAAAAAUAUCUUCACAAACUGUUGGAUGGGGUCCAUUUAAACCAUAAGGAAACUCCAGGCUAACAGAGAUUGUGUUUUCUGACUCCAAGUAACUGAACCAACUUUUGCAAAGGACUAUCACCAAUUUUCUUUUAAAUAUUAUCAUAUUGUGAUUAAUCAGCAUGUGCUUCCUGAAUAAUCCAUGUAUGUCUUGAACUCAUAAGAAUUUUAAGAAUAGAAUUGUAGAUAAAUAAAAAGCCUUGUUUUUCUCAUGUCCAGAGAUAAAGCACUGACACAGAACACUACUUCAGGACUUUGUGAUGAGACAGUGAAAUCAAUGCAGAGAGAAUUUUUCUAAAGUCUUUCAACAUGCAGGAAUAGUCAUACAUUUAAUAUAAGUGUUUAUUAAUUUCCAUUAUUUCCACUAUUUAAAAUAGUUGUUCAGUAUACACACAGUCAACUUACAAUUUUGUAAUAUAUUUGAUUGUGGACCACAAUAUUUUGGUCUUUAACUUCAGCAAUCUGUGAUUCUUUUAUAAUUUUAAUAGAGUUGAAACGAUUUCAAUUUUAAAAAGUUAUGUUGUGAAAAUAUGAUCUGAUUGUUUUUGUUCAUCAAAACAUGUAGUUCAAUAAUACAAUUACGCUAACAGAUCUUAUUU